GGCGGGGGGGUCACGUGGCGGUGACGCGCCGGUCAGGUGACGCGGGCCGUGCCGGUGCCGUACCGGGGCCGCCAUGCUGUCCCGGUUGCUGAAGGAGCACCAGGCGCGGCAGAGCGAACGGCGGGAGCUGCAGGAGCGGCGGCGCAGGGAGGCCAUCGCCGCCGCCACCCGCCUGACCGAGGCCCUGGUCGAUCACCUCAACGUGGGGGUGGCACAGGCGUACAUCAACCAGCGGAAGCUGGACCACGAGGUGAAGACGCUGCAGGUGCAGGCGGCCCAGUUCGCCAAGCAGACUGGGCAGUGGAUCACCAUGGUGGAGAACUUCAACCAGGCCCUCAAGGAGAUCGGCGACGUGGAGAACUGGGCUCGCAGCAUCGAGAUGGACAUGCGGACCAUCGCCACCGCCCUGGAGUACGUCUACAAGGGGCAGCUCCAGCCCUCCUGCUCCUGAGCUGCCGCUGCCACCACCAGCCCCCCCGGCCACCCGACCCCCUCCUGCCACCACCGCGGCUGGUCGUGACAGAUAACGUGGGCCCCGGCCGCGAUGCCGCAGCAGCUCCCGGCCGCCUCGGGGACCCCUCCGUACCGGAGAGCGGGCAGAAUAAAGCGUGGUUGUACGGGCGGUGUGCGGAGGCCAGGCCAGGCGUGUGCCGGGCCCUGGCACAGCCCUCGGCCGCCCCCUCCUAAGCCCCCUCAUCCUCUUUACCGCUUAA